AUUCUAGCCAAUCACCCUGUCGUGCGUUUUUUUUCACGCUCGCUGUCAUAUGACGUACAAUGUGAGAGACCGAAAGCCACCUCUUGAACAACACAUGUGGGGAUUUUGUUGAUCGAAGCUAAUGAAUUCUAACAACAAGUGAUCUAAAUCAGUUCAGCUGUCCUUAAACUGCAAAUUGUGGGGGUUUACUCACGUCUUCCAAAGCAAGAUGGCAAAAAGCAAUCUCCAGUUCAAGACCAACUAUGCUGUUUCCAGCACUAUCGAACCAUUCUACAAGGGAGGAAAAGUACAGAUCAGUAAAGAUGAGAAAUUCAUAUUUUGUACGUGUGGCACACGUGUCAACGUCUUGCAAAUCGUUACAGGGAAGAUUGUUCACAGUAUUGAACAGGAUGAUCAGGAGGACAUUACAUCAUUCGCCCUCAGCCUUGAUGAUGAGAUCCUGGUAACAGCCAGCAAGGCUCUGCUGCUGAAGCAAUGGGACUGGAAGCAGGCCCAGUGCACACGCUCCUGGAGGGCCAUCCACAAUGUGCCCAUUGCCAGCAUGACCUUUGACCCCACCGCCACGCUCCUGGCCACAGGAGGCUGUGAUGGCACCAUAAAGCUGUGGGACGUGGUGAAGCAGUACUGUACGCACAACCUGAAGGGCUCCUCUGGGGUCGUACACCUGGUGGAGUUCCACCCAGACAUAAGUCUACUGCAGCUCUUCUCCUCAGCGUCAGACUGUGGCAUCAGGAUGUGGGACCUGCGCUCCAGCCAGUGUCUGUGCGUGCUGCAGAGCCACUACAGCCCUGUCACCUCCCUGGCCUUCACUCCCGAUGGAGCCUCCAUGGUCAGCUCAGGCAGGGAUAAGAUAUGCACAGUGUGGGAUCUGAAGAGCAGGACUGCCAGGAGGACAGUGCCUGUCUAUGAGGCUGUGGAGAGUGUUGUGCUGCUCCCUGAGGACGAAGAUUUCUCUGAGAUCGGGGUGAAAACUAAAGAGAUCCACUUCAUCACAGCAGGCAGCAAAGGUGUGCUGAGGGUGUGGGAUGCCAGCUCGGCCCGCUGUGUGUUCGCCCAGACGCUCCCCUCCGCUCCCUCCGCGGGGGGCUCCGAAGAGGGGGGAGAGGAGUAUGGAGACCCCCGGAGCCUCACCUACUGCCUCCCCCUGCCCUCCUCCCUCAGGCUGGCCACGGUCACAGCAGAACAUAACAUACUGCUCUACCAGCUGCCCUCCUUCACCACACAGCAACAGUUUGUUGGCUUCAACGAUGAGGUCCUGGAUGUGAAGUUUCUGGGCAAGGGUGACACUCACAUUGUCGUGGCGACCAACAGCUCCCAGCUCAAGGUGUUUGACCUGGCCACCAGCAGCUGUAAGAUCCUCUACGGACACACAGAUACCGUCCUGUCACUCGACGUGUUCAAGAAAGGGUCCCUGUUUGUGAGCUGUGCAAAGGAUAAGUCAGUGCGUGUGUGGAGACAGGAUCCAGACAGUGGUCAGGUGUCUUGUGUGGCCCAGGGCUGCAGCCAUGCUAACGCUGUGGGCUCCAUCACCUGCUCCAGGAUGAAGGAGUCGUUUGUGGUGUCUGGUAGUCAGGACUGCACCAUCAAGGUGUGGGAUCUCCCAGAGACCAUCCCGGAAACAGACGGAGGAGACAUGUUCCAGCUGACCGCCCGGGUCACAGAGAAGGCACACGACAAAGAUGUGAACAGCGUGGCAGUGUCCCCCAACGACAAGCUCUUGGUGUCUGGUUCCCAGGACCGCCUGGCCAAGCUCUGGUCCCUGGGGGCCCCCGGGGCUGACCUGGCCCUUCUGGGGGUGUUCCGGGGCCACCGCCGGGGGGUCUGGUGUGUCCAGUUCUCUCCCAUGGACCAGGUGCUGGCAUCCUCCUCAGCCGACGGCUCUGUCAAGCUCUGGAGCCUCCAGGACUUCAGCUGCCUCAAGACGUUUGAAGGCCACGAUGCCUCUGUGCUGAAGCUCAUCUUUGUGAGCAGAGGGACUCAGCUACUCACAAGUGGGUCAGAUGGGCUGGUCAAGCUGUGGACCAUCAAGACCAACGAGUGUGUAAAGACGCUGGAUGCCCACCAGGACAAGGUGUGGGGUCUCCACGCCACCAGGAAGGACGACCGUGUUGUCACCGCCUCGGCCGACUCCAACAUCACUGUGUGGACGGACGUGACCGAGGUGGAGCAGGCAGAGGAGCAGGCGAAGCAGGAAGAACAGAUACUCAAGAAACAGGAGCUGUCUAACCUGCUUCAUGAGAAGAAGUACCUGAAGGCUCUGGGCCUGGCCAUCUCCCUGGACCAGCCACACACUGUGCUCAAAGUCAUUAAAGCGAUCCGCCAGGGGGAAGAUGGUGCUAAGCAGCUGGAGAAGACUGUGCUGAAGCUGCGUCAGGACCAGAAAGAGUCUAUGCUGCGCUACUGUGCUGUGUGGAACACCAAUGCCCGGAGCUGUCUGGACGCCCAGGCUGUGAUCCAGAGAGGCACAUGCAAAGGAUUGGCCGUCUGCUGCAGGCCUCCAUGUUCCUGGACUACAUGUGGCAGAAGAUGAGAGUGACAGGAGCUCCAGCCAGUAUGGACUCGCAGGAUGAGGAGAUGGACACCGCCUCUCUUCAGGUGCCACACCCCCUGUUCAUGAUUGACAAGCGAUCAGGUGAGGGUGGAGAUGGGACUAAGGAACAGGGGAAUGGAGAGGAGAGAUGGAAUGAGGGAGAGGCAGAGGAGGAUGAUGGUCUCGAGGAAGAUACCAACUGCCCGGCCAACAUGGAGGAGGAUGAUGAUGAUGAUGAAGUCAGUAUCACCAGGAAAGCCUCAGUCAGGAGACAAAGGGAAGAAAAUGGACAGAAAGGAAAAGAAAAUGGCAACCAUCACUCUGGCAGUGAGGAGAGUUCAAGAGAGGAGGACCGGGGAGACCAAACAGAGGCUAAGAUCCUCCUGUCUGCAGCGUCCCUUCCACCCCUCCAGGCAAUCAUCAGCUGAUGGCAGACUGUCUGACAUAAAGCCCACUAAGGAUGCCUGAGUGUGAACCCGCGGGAGUCUCUUUCAGCGUGGACCACUGCCUGGAGCAACAGUGUGGCUUUAUAGACACUGACAGACAGAGAAGCAGGUCCUGAAUGACCUUUUAUAAUAAACUGGUUUUGAGGUCAAUAAGCCUGGCUGGCAGCCAUUUUGGAAAAACGUGUCAUUUUUCAUAAAUAGUGCCACAAGUUUUUAAUCACCAUGUUAGCUCAUUGGGAAAAACUCUGGGUGCUAUUGGAAGCCUGCUACUAGAGGUCAGGAAUUGUCGAGGCUCAACCCGUAACUUCUUCCCCAACAGAAGCCAGUGCUUGUGAAUUUUUAUAUUUGUAUGUUGUUGUGCAGUCCUGCUCUUCCACCUAAACAUUUUGUUUGUCAUGAUUACAAAUGCAUCUGGAAUAAAUUGUAUGCCUUGUA